UUCAAGCGAAGAAGUAGCGAAAAGCAACUUAACUCGAGGGAAGGUGGCGUGCAAAGCAGUGACGUCUUUACUCAGAGGAUCCUGGCAGCAGGCAGCGAAAUAAAGAAAUGCCAAAUAUGAAUGGUGUUAAGUGUUGUUGUACUUGUGAUGCUGUAAGCGCAACUGAAAAUCACUGGAAAAUGUUUUGACCGCUGCCUGUACGCGUUGCAAAUAAACACACGCGCACUUGCACACACACAUCAUUGGUCGCGUGCAAGUAGAGCGCGGAGUACGCCCUUUUUAAGCAGUAAAUAAUAUUUGCUUUCCAUUAAAUCGAAAUGCGUCAAAACGGCGGUUGACAAACGCUCGCACGAGAGCGCACUUGCCGUAAUUUGCAGCGGGAUUUCGCGCGGCUGCUGAAGCGCGGAACGCCGUGUCGACAUUCGAAAGAGCCAACAGCGGAGGAAUAAUUAGUAAUUCAGAAAAAGGACGAAAAUGGAAUAAUAACACAAAUUUUAAAAACAAAGUGCAGCGCUUGCGGAAAACUGAAUCCAACACAUAUGCAGCGUGACAUAAUUAAAGCACAUACACAAACACACCCAUGUGCGCUGACACAGCGACACUUCUGUGCGUCUUCGCAAGCGGUUGGCGUAGAAAAUCGCGAAUUUUCCGCAUUUAAUUGCUGCGAAUCCACGCUGAGACAGCGAAAUUUAUGUGAAUUAUUUCGCAACGAAAUAAGCGAGCAGUAAAUUUUAAAACAACAAAAACGGCAAAGAAAAAAAAAAUAAAAACAAAAAACAAUAACAAUAACAUACUUACUUAAUUACAAUUAUAAUAAGGCGCGAACGUAAGCGAAUAGGGAAGUGUAAAACGCGUGAAAACGAAACAGUGAAAGAUACUUUUGGCGGGAGACGAACGGCGAAUAGCGUACGGGUAUUGGCGAGUUUUUAAUUCAACACGCCCAUGCCCGACUUUUUAUUAUUGUUGCCAUAAGUAACAUUAAUUGUAAAUGCGAAGUUAUAAAAAUAAAUAACGAAAAUUAAUUGAAAUCAUUUUAAAAGCAAAAUUCGCGCAGAUGCGCGGUACGAAAAAGCUGAAGGGCGAAAACAAUAACCAGAUAAAAAAAUAAGCUACGAAAAAACAAACGCCAAAAUGACUAUGAAAUCAAUGAAAUACUCCGAUUGUGAUACGAUCAUGGAUGGCUAUAAUCCGGUGCCGCCUCCACUGCCGCGACGCGUACCGCCCGUACGGAACAUCUACGCCGAGCCAUUUGCACACGAGCCCAAUCACUCCAGCAGAUUGGGUUCAAUGCCGGGCGGGCAUCAACAACAGAUGGCACAAAGUAUGUCAACAGGCAACAAUACGUUGGGUCACAGCGGCAUUGAUCGGGGCGGUGGCGGCGGUGUGCCCGGUGGUGGCGGUGGGCCGGGCAUGAAUGGGCCUGGCGGUUCGCAUUGCCAGAUGAGCGGCUCACAACCACUGGUAAUGCCUGGGUUCCCAUUGCGUAACUCACACUCAGCGCACACCCCACACUACUCACCAUAUUCACCAUCCAGGUUUCACAUAGAUAAGCGCUGCCAGCACCGAUGUUCCUGGAAAUGUUUGAGUAUCGCCUUAAUACUAGUAACAGUCGUCCUAAGCGCCAUGUUGACCUACUUUGCAGCUGUCAGUUCGAUGAAGCCCAACAUGGACUCCACAAAUUGCAUCCUAGUCCAAGAUGUCAAGUCGCAACCACACGACUUGCACGGCAAUAUGAAAGCGAGUGGAAGCAGUGGCAGUGGCGGGCAGUUACCGACCGCCUAUCCCACAGAGGAAUCGAUACAAACGAGCACAUCGGACCAUAGUGGCACCAGCACCGGUUACGGCGGCAUGCAGAAUUCGGCGCCAUCGCUGCAGCUCCAACAGCAGCAGCAAUUGCUCCUACAGCAACAGCAACCGCACACUAUCAACCACCAACAAACACUGGCUGGUGUUCCGCAAGAUGCCACCUCUCAUCUCCAGGAUCAAUCGUACACGGCACAGCAGCAACAGCAAUCGGCUCAACAUCAACAGCAGCAGCUGAAGUGGCCGCAGGUGGUGGAGCUGAAGGACUUCAAUGAAUUCUACCACGCCAACAUACCACCAUAUCAAUUCUGGAACCUCGAAUUUCGCAAUAAGCACCCAGCCUUCAUUCGUUUCAAUUUCACGCUGCCGUGGGGCGCUAGUUUUGCGGUCUAUUCGCGCCGCAAUGUGGCACCCUCAGUGACGCAACACGAUUUUGUUGAGUUCAUCAAAGGUGGACGGCUGGACAGUCACUUGCGGCACAAACGCGCCGCGCAAUGGCGUAACGAAAGUGGCCAGAGCUUCAAGGAUUUCGACGCUGAUAUGGAAUGGCGGGAUGACAGUGCUGAUGCUGGAGGCGAGGAUGAUGACAAUAAGCUGCAACGCACAUCACACGAAUCGAAUGUUGGAUUACGCCGCUUACCUGGAUUUUAUGUAGACGAUUCGCUGGAUGAGGCAGAUGACGAUUCAAUGGCUGCGGCAGAAAGUGAUGACUACGAUGAUGGCCAAUACGAUAUCGAGACGCCACUGGAUACAGCAAAGCAUUAUGCGCAGCGACAUAUGACGGCCCAACACAGGCUAUUCAAGCGCUCAGCCAUGGGCGUAGCGGGCGCUGGCGGCAUGGCCGAUGGCAUGGGUGGAUUGCCAGCGCUGGACCUGGACACAAUGAUGGUGAAUGUAUCUCUGCUGCAGUACCUGGACACGGGUUUGUGGUUCAUCUCCGUUUACAAUGACGAAUUGGUUGCGCACUCGGUGACGUUGGUGGUCGAGGAGGCGGAGGGAGUUAGCACGACCUGCCCUAACGACUGCUCGGGACGUGGCAGCUGCUACCUUGGCAAAUGUGACUGCAUCGAUGGCUACCAGGGCACGGAUUGCUCGAAAAGUGUAUGCCCAGUGCUCUGCUCCGCUCAUGGUCAUUAUGGAGGUGGUAUUUGCCACUGCGAGGAGGGAUGGAAGGGAUCCGAGUGUGACAUACCCAUCGGCGAGUGCGAGGUACCGAACUGCUCGAACCACGGACGUUGCAUAGAAGGCGAAUGCCACUGCGAACGGGGCUGGAAGGGGCCAUUCUGCGAUCAACAUGAUUGCCUUGAUCCCUUGUGCUCCGGUCACGGCACUUGCGUGGCCGGGCAGUGCUAUUGUAAGGCCGGCUGGCAAGGCGAGGACUGCGGCACCAUCGAUCAGCAAGUGUAUCAGUGUCUGCCCGGUUGCUCCGAGCAUGGCACGUACGAUCUGGAAACGGGUCAGUGUGUGUGUGAACGUCAUUGGACCGGACCGGAUUGCUCGCAAGCUGUUUGCAGUUUGGACUGCGGCCCGAACGGCGUUUGCGAGUCGAGCAAAUGUCGCUGUAAUCCCGGCUGGACUGGUAAUCUCUGUGAUCAGCUGCCUUGUGACGCCAGAUGUUCGGAGCACGGACAAUGCAAAAAUGGAACCUGUGUCUGCUCUCAAGGCUGGAAUGGACGCCAUUGCACGCUGCCGGGUUGUGAGAAUGGCUGCUCUCGACAUGGCCAAUGUACGCUGGAAAAUGGCGAAUAUCGCUGCGAUUGCAUUGAAGGAUGGGCUGGAUCUGAUUGCUCGAUUGCGCUGGAAAUGAACUGCAAGGAUAAUAUAGAUAAUGACGGCGACGGUAUGACUGAUUGCUCGGACAGCGAAUGUUGCUCGCAUCCUGCUUGUGCGGAACACAUCAUGUGCCUGUCCUCCAACGAUCCAGUGGAGGUGCUCCUGCGCAAGCAGCCACCCUCGGUGACCGCAUCCUUCUAUCAACGUGUCAAGUUUCUGAUUGAAGAGAACUCGGUGCAGUCGUACGCACACAUGGACGAGUACAGCGAAAAUCUCUUCUGGAGCUCAUUCACGCCUUGCCGGGUGUCGGUAAUGCGUGGCCAGGUCAUCACGCCGCAAGGAUUGGGCAUCGUCGGUAUUCGGGUCUCAGUGGAUCGGGACUCGCGCUUCGGAUUCACCUUGACGCGGCAAGGCGGAUGGUUCGAUGUGCUCGUUAACGGUGGUGGGGCAGUGACGUUGCAAUUCCAGCGCUCACCCUUCAGGCCACUCACGCGCACCGUCUUUGUGCCAUGGAAUCGUAUUGUGGUACUGCCCCCCGUGCAGAUGCAAUUGAGCGACGACGAUGAAAGCAAUGGCCGCAGCAUAAAAGUGGCUCCCAUGAAUCCGGCGCUCACCUUCCUCAACUCUAUACUCUACCACUUCGCCGAUGAGCAAGUGGAUGUAAGCAAAAUAUGCGUGGAGCAUGACCACGAGGAGCUGAAACCCCAAUUAAUUAGCACUUGGAUGCCGAACGGCGUGGGCGCCAUGCCCGGCAAGCGCGUCAUAUUUGCCGAGACACAGAUCGUACAAGAGUCCAUACAGAUACCCGGCUCGGAUUUGCAUCUUACGUAUCAGUCGUCGCAAGCAUCUGGCUACUUGAGCAUCGUACGCAUGCGGCUAACCGCCGAAAAAAUACCAAAGACUCUAACUCAUGUUCAUGUGGGCGUUGAAAUUGAGGGUGCACUUCAUGUGAAGACGUACGAGGCCGAUCCGAACCUGAUACACACGUUCGCCUGGAACAAACGCAAUGUCUAUCGCCAAAAGGUGUACGGCGUUACAAUCGCCCGCAUCUCGGUCGGCUAUCAACACUCGACUUGCAAAAUGCCAGUUUGGAUUACGCAGACCGCCAAGCUACAGGGUUAUGAUGUCGAUAUUUCUGAUAUCGGUGGUUGGGGUCUGGAUAUUCACCACCACUACAACUUCCAUGAAGGUAUACUGCAGAAAGGCGAUGGCAGCACUCUCCACAUGAAGGAAUACCCGCGCACAGUAAAAGUAGUGAUGGGCACCGGCUUGCAGCGUCCGCUCAACUGCCCAGACCACUGCAACGGUAUCGCCAAGGAUGCCAAACUACUCACGCCCAUUGCAUUGGCAUCCGGCCCAGAUGGAAGCCUUUAUGUGGGUGACUUCAAUUUGGUGCGCCGCAUCACACCGGAUGGCAAAGUCUACACCAUAUUGCAACUGAGUGCCACACAAGUUUCCUAUCAGUAUUACCUCGCUGUUUCGCCCGCAGAUGGCCACCUGUACAUAUCCGAUCCAGAGCGGCAUCAAAUUCUAAGACUGCUACGCUUGGAAAAAGUGAAAGAUCCCAGCAUCAACAGCGAGCCGAUUGUGGGCAGCGGUCAGCGUUGCAUACCCGGAGAUGAAGGCAACUGUGGUGAUGGUGGCCCUGCAUUGCAAGCUCGACUUUCGCAUCCGAAAGGGUUAGCCAUUGCGGCUGAUCGCACCAUGUACAUUGCGGACGGCACUAACAUCCGAGCGGUUGAUCCCAAGGGAAUUAUACACACACUGAUUGGACAUCAUGGUCACCACAACCAUUGGAGUCCAGCACCGUGCUCCGGUACGUUAAUGGCAAAUCAAGCGCAACUACAGUGGCCAACGGGCUUGGCGCUGAGUCCACUAGAUGGUUCGCUGCACUUUAUCGACGAUCGGCUGGUGCUGCGCCUAACGUCCGACAUGAAGAUACGCGUUGUGGCUGGUACCCCUCUGCAUUGCAACAACAAUGGGCAGGAUAAAUCCAACAAGACAUCGGAAAAUGUACUGGGUACAGUGCUUGCAAUGGCCUUCUCACCUUUUGGGGAUCUGUACAUCGCCGAUAGUGACUCGCGGCGGGUGAACUCGAUACGAGUGGUGGACACGGCGGGAAGUAUGCGUUACUUUGCCGGAAAGCAAGAAGGUUUGGGUUCACUAACCUGCGAUUGCUCCAAUGGCAACACUGUCAACAGUUCAACAUCCAGUCUGGCCUCGGCGCUUUCAUCAACAGGCAACGGUGUCGCUAGCAGUGCAUACUCAACUACUAUGAAUCCGAAACGCACCACUACACCAACAACACCAGCUGGAAGUAACGGGCGCGGCAACAGCAAUGGAGGAAACGGAAAUGGCGCUGUCUCUGCUAGUAAUGGAGCGUCCAAUGGCGGUGUGGGAGUGGGUGCACCUUGCAUUUGCAGUGGCGGGGGUGUCGGUGUCACGGUCGGCGUUCCCAGCGGACUGGCAGGCAUCGUAGCCGGUGGUAAUUUAAUGUCAACUGGACCAACGACAACCACAACAAUAUUGCUAGGCGCCAAAACAACAGCUGCAGCGAAUGGCAUGGGCGGCGCCAUGAAUGAUGAUGGCACUUUAAGCAACGCGGAGACCUUGUUAUCGUCGAAUGCUCGCUUCCAGGCGAUUUCGGCAAUUUCGGUGGCACAGGACGGUGUCAUUAAUGUGGCGGACCAAGGCUCACUUCAUGUGCUUGCGCUUGAGCAUUACCUUCCAUCGCAUGACGAGAAUGGCGAGUUCCACAUCCCAUACCCGCCAUCGAGCGAAAUCUAUGUAUUCAACCGUUACGGUCAACAUGUUGCCACCAAGGAUCUCACGUCGGGCAAGACACGCUACAGCUUCCUGUAUUCCAAGAACACCUCCUUUGGUCGACUUUCUACGGUCACCGAUGCAUCAGGCAACAAGAUUCAGUUCCUGCGGGAUUACAGUAACGUCGUCAGCUCCAUUGAAAAUACGCAGGAUCACAAAUCUGAAAUACAAAUAAACGGCAUUGGUAUUAUGACCAAACUGAGCGAGAAGGGUCGUCAGGAGAUCGAACUGGAUUAUGACAGUAACACAGGGCUACUCAUGUCGCGCUCAUCCGGCGGCGAAACUUACAUCUAUCAAUAUGAUGAGUUCGGCCGUGUUACUGGUACCAUCCUGCCAAGUGGUGAGAUCGUUCGUAUCACUUCCCAGCUUGCGGACAACAAAGGUCUUACCGUGUACGUGCACGCUUCCGUCGAGUCACUCUUCUCACGUGAACGCGGUGAAACAAAUGAGCUGCUUGUGUUGGGUGGUGUACGUUCUACCUUCAUGAAAAAGGGUCGGGAGAAUGCGGACGCGGAAAUCAAGCCGAAUAACACACUUGUGAUUCAUAGUGCCAAUGGCGUAGUUGUUGAAUCAUCGGCUGUUGCCAGACAUCCCUUGCUCGAGGCGGCCUUACCAGUUGAGGCCGAAAUGCUGGCAAUGUGGUCGCACCAAAGCGUUACUAUGGGCGAGGGCCUGACCAACAACAUGUAUUCUGUGUACAACUUAGUUGGAGAUGUGCGCAAUCCCCAACAGACACUCAACCGUGAGAUUUGGGUAAACCAAUCGCGUGUCAUUGGCAUAGAAUAUGACCAGUUUACAAAUCGUGAGACGUUCUACGACAUGAACCGAACUCCAAUACUUAUUGUGGCAUACGAUCAGUCUGGUUUGCCAAAGUCAUAUUAUCCGACUAAUGGGUACCCUGUGAACAUUACCUAUGAUCGCUUCAAUCGCGUCGAAGGAUGGGCUUGGGGUCCGGCUGAGCUCAAGUACUCAUAUGAUCGGCAUGGUCUGCUCUCGGAAAUCACCUCACAGCAAGACGGCAUCAUAUCAUUCGUCUACAACGAUUGGAAUUUGGUGUCGGAGAUCGGUUUGGCAAGUCAGCGGAAGUUUGUGCUUCAAUACGAUGACUCCGGCGGCCUGCGACACGUGUUGAUGCCAUCUGGCACAAAGCACUCCUUCAGCAUGCAGACUUCCAUUGGCUUCAUCCGAUGCACGUAUACGCCACCAGGUAGCACACGAGCCUACUUGCAACAUUAUAGCCACUCUGGUGCAUUGCUGCAGACCAUAUUCCCUGGAGAUGGUGCGCGCAUUGUUUACCGCUACAACUCAGGCGGGCAACUGGCGGAAAUCGUCCAUGGAGAUGGCAAAAGUGAGUUCCUCUACAAUGACGCGACUGGUAUGCCCAGCACUGUCUCGCAUACCGAACGUGAACUGGAGUAUCGCUGGGACUUUGAGUACACAGGCGGUUUGCUGAGUGAGGAGCGCAUCGAUUAUGUAGCGAAGACAGGAUUGAGCAACGCUAAAUUCACCUACGAGUAUGACACAGAUUUCCGUGUCAUCUCGAUUCAAGGACGAAUUGGUGGCCAGAAUUUGCCUUCACAGAAUUUCGCCUACAACCAACGCACAGGCCAGCCAAGCCUCAUUGGGCAGUUUAAGAUCAUGCAUCCGAUGCUAAAUCAAACUCAAGUUUACGAUGGCACAGCCACUUUCACGCGCACUGUCGACGGUCGCUUCAUGACGCAGAAAGUGACGCUGUCUAUACAUCGUCUGGAGGUGUUCCGCAUGGAGUUUUCGUUCGGCAUGCAUGGACGCAUCACACAGACUCGGACCUACACACGCAACAUGGCCGUGAAUACAUACACCAAUGUUAAAAACUACACUUGGGAUUGCGAUGGACAGCUAAUUGGUGUUGAAGCUCAGGAACCAUGGGGUUUCCGCUACGACGACAAUGGAAAUCUACUUUCACUGACAUACCGCGGCAAUACCAUUCCUAUGGAGUACAAUACCCAGGAUCGCAUAGUUAAGUUUGGAGAAGGUCAAUACAAAUAUGACAUUCGUGGACUUGUAGCUCAAAAUGCGCGAGAAGAGCGUUUCCACUACAACACACAAGGCCUAUUGGUCCGAGCUACUAAGCGUGGGCGGUUUGAUGUGCGAUACUAUUAUGACCAUAUGAAACGUCUAACUACCAGAAAAGAUAACUUCGGCAACGUUACACAGUUCUUCUACACUAAUCAACAGCGGCCUUACGAAGUGUCUCAAAUAUACUCGCCACGCGAUGGGAAACUAAUGUCACUAACCUAUGAUGAUGUGGGCCAUCUCAUCUAUGCACAAGUGUACCGUCAUAAAUACUAUGUUGCCACCGAUCAAAGCGGCACACCGAUCAUGAUUUUCAAUCAGUACGGCGAGGAUAUACGGGAGAUUAUGCGAUCACCCUUCGGCCACAUUGUUUACGACUCGAACCCUUACCUGUUCCUGCCGAUCGACUUCUGUGGUGGCAUAUUGGAUCCCGUGACAGCUCUUGUGCACAUGGGUGAUGGCAAAGUCUACGAUCCACUAAUCGGCCAAUGGAUGUCGCCCAACUGGGAACACGUGUCCGAGCGCAUCAUAACACCAACGAAAAUGCAUCUGUACCGAUUCAAUGGCAAUGACCCCAUAAAUGUUGAUCACGAUCGUAAUUAUCCAGCCGAGUUCUCUUCUUGGAUGAAGACACUUGGCUUUAGUGUAAAGAAUUUGAUACCACAACUUACUCGCAACCUAUGGGAACAACCUUCAUUAUGGGGUCGAGCGCCACAUAACCCAAUUGCACUAAACAUGAAACGUCCUAUAGACAAUAUUCCAACUAUGGCGGUGGAGAGUGGUUUCUUAGCUCACCUUAAUGUGCGGCGAAUGUCCAACUUCGAGGACCUCUCAGCUCCGCCGAAAUCCGCACUCAAGUUUGACGUCAUGAAUCCAACUCCACGCAACAUAGGCUCGGAUACUGAACCACCCUUCGGUAAAGGUAUCGUCGUAUCCAGAACCAAUGACGGUCAGGCAAUCGUAUCAAGUGUUCCUGCAGCAAACGCCAUCUACCGAGAUGUUUACACAUCUGUCUUUAAUCGAUCUAAGCUGCUGCCGUUCACAUUCGUUGUACACAACGCCCAGCAGGACUCGUUCUUCUUUGUCAAAGAAGAAGCGUGGCGAGCCAGUGAAGACCGACAGCAACUAAAACGGCUCCAAGGCCAGGUCAAUACCACAUUCCACGAGAAUUCCCGUGAAAAUGGUAGUGGCAACAAUUAUUUAGACGUAAAAAUCCACGGAGCUCACGCCAUAAUCAAUCUACGAUAUGGCACCACAGUGGAAAAAGAGAAGCAGCGCCUAAUGCAUCAUGCCAAACUGACGGCUGUGCGCAAGGCGUGGCAUCGCGAAAAGGAAGCGCUACGCAAUGGCCUCACCACAACCAUAGAAUGGAAUCAACAGGAAAUCGACGAGAUUCUGAAGCAAAGCUAUGCGAACAACUACGAAGGCGAAUACAUACACGACGUGGCACUAUACCCAGAGCUGGCCGAAGAUCCCUACAAUAUCAAGUUUGUAAAGAAGAAAGGAGCGACGGGCGGUACAGUCAGUGCAGUCGGUGUGGCGAAUGCGCGAAAGCGCCGAAGAAGAGAUGUGCAACUAAAUAAGGCUGACGAAAAGGUGCUGAGAGAAGCGACAGCCUCUGGAAAGGCGGCGACGAAGGAUUCGCUGAGGAUCCUCGAUAAGCGACAGCUACUGUUGAAAAAACUGCGCACGGACGUUGACUGCCUGCAUAGCAGCAGCAACAACAACGGCGAGUGUUAGCUACAGGGAUACAACAGGGGGGGAUAAAGCAGACCAUUAGCAUAUGGGUAGGAGAAACAGAAAAUGAAUUUGUGUUAAUUUCAAAUUGAAAAAAAAACAUAUUAGAAAAUAAUCACUAAUUAAAAACUAGAUUAGCCAUUGAAUAUAAAAAGUAAGACGGAAUAAAUUGACUCAGUGAGAGAGCAGAUGCAAAGUGAGAAAAACCGAUUACUGAUAAGAGCGAUAUUAUCAUUUUGAUGGCCCUCGCCAUCAUUAAACUAAGGAUAUGAGCCGAACGAAUAAAAAAGGAAAAAGUAAAACAGAUACGUAGAUUAAUAGAUGGAUGAGUCCGUCAUAUAUUUACAAGAAAAGCAGAUUACGAUAGUGAAAAUAGAAACAAAAUACCAUAACAAAUGCAAAAAACUAAAUAUGUUUUGUAUGUGUACAGUAGUGAAUAAAUCAAUAUUAGUUGCGUAAGUAUGUAAUUAUGCUAUAAGAUAAUUUAUGUCAUACCAUUUAAGAGACAACAAACAUAAACACAUACAAAUGUACAAUAAUAGCAAAAGGGGAAAUCAAAAGUUCACACCAAUUCAAAUGUAAACCAAAACAACAACAAAAUUCAAUGCAAUUAAAUUAUCAAGCGCAGUCGGGAGCUGUGGCGCCCGAGCCAGCAGUAGCCGAACGGCCAAAUGUAAAAAAACAAAUAGCGGCUUUCUGGGGUACUCGAGCUUUUAGAGACUGGUCUAAAUUUUACAAGUAGAUAUGCGAACGCACAGCAAACCGUUACAGACGAAUUCAGAUACACACACACGCACGCCAGUAGGUCGCCCUGUAGUUGCGAAGCGGUGAAAUCAAAUAGAACCAGAGAACUGAGGAGAAAAAAGUGGAAGUGGAAAAAGGGCGGAGAGUGAGAGGGUGAGCGGACAUAUAAAGAGCGGGAGAUAGAGAGAAAGGGAAAGAGACGGAGAGAGAGAGAGAGAGAGAGGGCGAUUGGAAGCGAUCAAUUGUAAAAUGGUUCAAAACUUUUAAUAUAUUUAUUAAUAUUUACAUUGCGUAGUUAAAACUUGUUAAAUCCAAAUGAUUUGUAAAGUAAAAUAAGACGGAAAAGAUUAGUAAGUUGAGAUUAAUUAGAAUGCUGCAUAAGCUGUUUACGUAAAAUAUUCCUCCAAGAUAUAAGGGCUGAGUAAAGAUGUCUAAAGUAAAAAAGAAUUUAUUACAUAUAAUUAAAAAAUUUUACAUAUAAUCGAGAAAAUUUUUAGAAGCAACUAAACCGUAAUGCAUUUUUAAGAGAGCUACAGGUUGCCGCUUUCUUCAAUUUUACUUCGCCUGCCGUUUUGUUAUAAAUUAUUAGUUAUUUUUUUAAGUAUUUUAAAAAGUUAACACUAAAACAUGUGCGAUAAAUAACGAUAAAUAAAAAAGUACGAAACCAAUAAAACAGUAUUACAAAAUAGAGCACUUUUUCAUUUACAAAAAUAUGUUUAUAUGAUUUUUCUAUUCAAUUUAUAUAAUAUUUGCCUAUUAAACAAGGUUUGGGGAAAAUUAAUUUUAUUGCUUUUUUAUUUGCUUUUCAGUUUCAGUUUCUACUGUUUUUUGUUGUUUUUUGAAGUUCUCACCUUUCAAAAGGAUAGUUUCAAAUGUUGACAGAGUUGGCAAUUAACUUCCGUCCAUGUUUGUGCAAAGAAACCCCCGCAAAUGAAUACAAGUCGAAAACACUGCACAAUUUGGCAAAAACUCUGCGCCAAUCAAAUAAAAAAAUGUAUAAGUUUUUGGCAAGUUCGCUCUAAAAAUGUUUGUAUUUAUUUUCGCAAU